GACGUCAUGAGUCAUGUUUUCCCUUUUGUGUCGGUAUUGACUUCCUUGUUACACUGAAAGUAAGAAAGACUGUUAAACGCCAUAUUUCCUGGAAUUUUCUGAGUUAAAAGUUUGCCUCGAUCCGAACCGUUUAGUCGUCGUCCUUUGGUAAAUGUGAAGAAGGAUCUGUUUCAGCUCAAAAUGGAUGUCGAUAAACUUCAUGAGCUUGAUGAGCAGCUUACAAAGAGCGAGGUCGCAGCACUGAAGUUCCUCUGCAUGGAUCACAUCGGCAGGAAACGACUGGAGACUGUGAAGGAUGCAAAAGACCUGUUCAUCCGACUCGAAGAGCAAGAUUUGCUCGCGGAUGAACUCUUCCUCACUGACCUGAUCUUCACUAUUGGCCGCUGUGACUUACUUUCCAUCCUGGGUGCUAACAAAACACACGUUAGCAGACAGUUGGAAAAUCAGAGCUCUGGUGUUUCACUGUACAGAAAGAUGCUGUAUAAGCUAUCUGAAGACGUAACGGACGAAAACCUUCAUAGCAUAAAGUUCCUUCUGAACGGCCUACCUAGAGCAAAACUGACUUCUGCUACGUUUUUGGACGUCCUGGCUGAGAUGGAGAAAAUGGAAAAGCUCGGAGAAGACAACCUGAAUGAACUAGAGAAUGUUCUGAGUAGAUGUAGCAAAGACCUAGCUUAUAGGGUACAGAGAUUCAAGGCAAAUGGGACAAGGAGACCUGUUUGCAUCUCAACAACAGGUGAGGAGGAAGAAAACAUCAGUCUGCCUGUGCAGCCUCAAGAGGAACUUAUGCCCAUGCCUAACAUAUCCAUAGCAGAAACAAACCCCCAAUUGAUCGGUUCCAUGACUGUGAAUGAGAGCAUGGACACAGACUCACAAGAAAUGCAAGGCUCCCAAAUGUCACCAGCAAAUGCAAACAAUGUGGAUGACUAUUAUCACUUAACCCAGCGGCCUGUUGGAUACUGUGUGAUUAUUAACAACUACACCUUUGACAAGAGCACUAAAUUCCCCCCGAGGAGAGGGACGGAUAAAGAUAAAGAUGCACUUACUGAAGUUUUCCAGAGAAUGCAUUUCUUAGUGGGAGUAGAAAAAGAUCUUGUGAGUUCAGACAUGCUGAAAACCAUGGACAAAUUUUCAAAGGAGGACCACUCAAAAAUGGAUGCCUUUGUAUGCUGCAUCCUCUCACAUGGCGAAAAGGGUGCCGUGUUUGGGACCGACGGCAAACCUGUCCAGAUCCGUGAUCUCACGAAACCAUUUGCCGGCUGUAAAACGCUCACGGGCAAGCCCAAACUUUUCUUCAUCCAGGCAUGUCAGGGCACUGAGCUGCAGAAGGGUGUGUUGAGGCAAGAUGGAAACGAAGAUGAUGAGCUGGAGGACGAUGCCGAAACAGCUGUGAGUCCUUAUGUCCCUAUUGAAGCAGACUUCCUGAUCGGCAUGGCAACUGUGGAGUCCUACAUGUCUUUCCGUCACACAAUAAAUGGAUCCAUUUACAUCCAGGAGUUGUGCAAAGAACUGAAGUCGGGCUGCCCUAGAAAUGAAGACAUCCUGUCAAUACUGACGAAGGUGAACCGCAAUGUGAGUGCCCAAGAUUUAAAGAACAGCAAGCAGAUGCCUGAGCCUCGCUACACCCUUACUAAGAAGCUGGUGCUGCCCAUGGACUGAGCUGGAAAACCUUUUUGCAAUUCUGUUAAGUUUGAUUAGCCUUUUGCAUAAGGCAAUGUGAGAUGUCUAUAUUUAUAAUAUUGCACCAUCCACUUUAAUAGGAACACCUGUGCACUUGCUCAUUUAUGCUGUUAUCUAGUCAUUCGGUCAUGUGGCAGCAGAGCAGUGUGUAAGAUCAAGGUGCUUCAUUUUAAUAUUCACAUCAAACAUCAAAUUGGGGGAAAAAUUAUGAUCUGUGGUUUUAACCGUGGCAUGUUUGGUGCUGACAGAUUGGACAGGCUGGUUUGAUUAUUUCAGAAACCGCUAAUCUCUUGAAAGAGGGAUUCAGAGAUUACAUAGUAUUGUGUAGCAAUAAAAAAAUAAAAUCUUUCUGCUGAAUGGACUGUUUUGUGCUGACAAGAAAGUCUGGACAGGAAAUUACUCAUUUUAAACUGUGGGGAGCUGAAAAGUAUCAGCCACAACAGCCUCUGAACAGCCAAGAACAGGAAUCCGAGAUUAAUGAGUACAGACUCACUGAAACCGGAGAACUGUAAACUACAAAAAGAUGUGAUCUAUUUUUCUAAUCUUCAAUUGUCCAGUUUCUGUAAGUCUGUGCUCAUGAUAGCCUAAGAUUCUUGGCUGACAGGAACAGUGUGGUCCUCUGUUUUUACAGACCAUCCACCUUCAUUUGUGAAGUUUUGUGCAUGCUGAGCUGCUUUUCUGAUCGCAAAAGUUGUAUAGAGGCGGGUCCUCGAAACUACCUGACCAUUUUCCUCUGAGCUCUCUUCUCAACCAGGGAUUUCCAAGAUCAGAACUGUUCAAUUUCAUUGUGUAAACUCUGGUUCAAUAUUGACUAUACCAUGACCAAAGUCACAGCUAUCAGUUUUACUCUUUUUUUUUUUUUUUAAGAUUAUCUGUAUUGUGCUGCUGCCUACAUGAUUGAAUAAUUGGAUAAAUGAAUAAAUGAACAAGUGUACCAGUGUUCCAUUUCAAAGUGGACAUUGCAGAUGAAUACCUUUUUUGAAAUUUCUUCCAGGGUGUUUCAGGGUUUUUUUUGGGACAUUUGGAUAAGACAUUCUCAGCACUUACGACUAUGCUUUAUGACCAUCAGCGACUUGGGAAAAACUAUUUUUGCUAGGGCUUUUACACAAUCAACAAUAAUAUUCAUACGUUAUUUUUGCAUCUUUAACUAAAUUUUCACAAGUGCCUAGUGUGACAGAUUAUUUGGUAUUAGAAAUCCUGAACUAUAUCUGUGUACAGAUGCAUAUGCAACCAGGAGUUAAAAUUAUUACAAAUAAUGUGACAAUUAUUUUUAAUAAACAAAAUAAAAACAA